UUUCUUCGGUUCUGUCACUAGCUCAUUCACUAACUGAUCGGAAAUCGGAGAUCGGCGAUCGGAGAGGAGAGGAGGAAUUUGGUUUCACUCAUUCACCGGCGGAUAAAUAAUUUCUUCACUCACAACAGAUUUUCUAAACCAAUGGAGGGGACAGAAGCUCAAACAAAGAAGGAAUUCUUGAAAUUGCAGCAAUUAGCGAUUCAGUCUGCGAAAGCUGCACAUCUGAUAUCGUCGUUGAAAAGCUCCCCCACUUGUUACCGCCGCCUUAACUUUCAGAACAAGGAUGAGGCAGUUUUUGAGGAAGAGAUACUGAAUAAGGAGAAGGAGAUUGAGGAUUUGAAGAUGAAAUUGGCGAUGGAGCGUCGGAAGAAUAAGAGAAUUAAGCUCUUUGGUUUAAUGCAGCUUCUUCUUCCCCUUAUCCUGGUGCUGAUCUCUCUCUUAUUAUCUGUUUUUCAUUUUCAAUCGAGUGACACUUGCCCCUAAUUCUGGUAUGCUUUUCAAUACCCCAUUGAUUCCAUAUCCAUGAAUUUGAGUGAGAAUUAUAUGUUUGUUUUUGGGGUUUGUUUUGUUGGUCUAUUUGUUUGUUUCAAUCAAAUCUAAACUUGUAAAAAUUUAGAAGCCCUCUUAAAUUUCAUCAUAUGUGUAAAUAUGGGAUUUUAGCUAAUUGAGACAUGAGUAUCUCUCUCAACUACUUUGCUAGUCUAUCAAGUUUUUUUAAGUUUGGCUUAUAAAUUAGUGAUGAUUUUUGUGUCA